UUCACCACUACAAGCCUGACACCUGCCAUGCAGCCGCCCUGAGUCGUGAAGAACACGCUCCACGUCGCUGUCCGAGGCAAGCUGCUUUGCGAUACUGCACGCUUCACUACCAUUCCUCCGUCAAGAGCCUUGCGCGCAUAAUACCGAGACCAUAAACCGUGAUGACAAGGAAAGAGAAUGUUGGCAGGCAUGGUUCUACGGAAAGCUCCGGAGCUGAUAGCUGGCGCUCGUCCGACACUAUCAGAGGGUCACCGGCAGGACGUGCGAGAAACGCGCCGGUAAGAUCGAGGCCUGGGAAGGAAAAAGAAGCUGAUAUCGACGCUGAUAUUUCUCCUGGAACCAGGCCACGAGUGCCUGCGCAGAGUUCUAGAUCAAAGAUCGCCCCGUGGGAGACCUCUGGAAAGACGUCAGAAUUCAACAACUACAGGAAAGAGCUGGCAGUAUUAGAUGCGCCGAACAGUAAUCCAGCGCCGAACUCACGCCAAAGGGUACAUAAUGCGAACUCGGAUUUUCCACCUUGGGCUACUGGACUUGGUGGUACACCGAACGUUUCCAGUGUCUUCGGGAGCAUUGGAAGCUUCUACAAUGAUUCGAACGAGGACCUGACCCAGCUCUCACCUGGACUUCGCCCUGGCAGUAGUAAAGAUGAGGUGGUUUAUCCUGGUGAUGAUCGCCGGCCGUCCAUCGCUAGCAACACCACUGUGAGCAGUCAAGGAUCUAAAUCGAGCAUUGGCCGCGGGUUUCAUAAAAAGCUGCAGGGUUUCUUCGGUGAAGAAUUUCCAGUUAUCGACUCCAGACAGAGCUCUGAUACUAGCCUCGCCUACAAUGCCUUUGCUGCUGCUGGAGCUGGCAAUAAUAGCGACAACUCGUCUCGAGUACGUCCCCGAAACAAUUCAAUGCGGACCGCUGUAGGGGAGGGCUUAAACAGCCGACCAGUAUCACCUGCAAGCUCACGCCCACGUACACCUCUACCAUCAAGCGAAGUUACCCCUUGGGAAUAUCAAGAUCUCAAGGAACUCCCAGGCUCCAUCAGCUUGUCACGCCCCUCAACGGAACAUUCGAACUCCAAGUUCUCCAAAUCGCACAAACUCCAUCUACCUGGACACCGUCAAAGAGGGAGCAAGGAGGACAACAGAGCCGAAUCUAACAUCGGAUACACAUUACGACCGAGUCUCAGCAGAGAGGAGUCGAGCGGAAGCGCGCGCAAGCCAGAUAGUCGACUUCAUCAGCUCCCAGUGGCACUUAGCUCGGCUUUCAACUCUAGCACUACGCUCGGUCGACCUUCAAGUCCAACGCCCAGCGGAUCAAGUGCGCUCAGCAAGGAGAAUAUGGCUCAGCGCUCCCCGGGUGGCAAUGGCAACCACAAACGCUCUCUCAUCGACCGAUUAACGCGAAAGCACAAGGCCGAUCGAGUCGUUGCGGAUCCACUCAGUGACUUGUCCCCGUCCUCAACGUCUUUACAUGCCCAACUGAGAGCCCCGAAGCUUCCGAAAUCUGAGCCCACGGGAAACACGCGGAAACGGCCUGGCAUAGAGCCCCCGCCAAGCAUUCGUAGCAAAGAAUCAAUUCCGAAAAAAGAGCAUGCCAGUAGGAUACCUUUCAAGAGCUCGAAAAGAGGCCACCUAGCUGUCGAGCCAUCAGCAAAGGAUCCAAACGAAGCGCGGGCUUCAGCCGUUAUGAACGAAGCUCUUUGGAAUCUAGACACAGACUUGACACAAAUGGAGGGUAUCAUCGGCAACCCCCUGCUUGGGCCCUUGACACCACCUGUGGGGGACGUAUAUACAGCCUUCCCAGGUGACGAUGCGUACAAAGAACCCAAGGAAUACGAGGCACCCCCUGCGAUAUGGGAUGCUCCGGAUUCCUGGGCAGUGAAGCGAGUCGGGGAUGAGAACAUGGGUAGGCUACGUGAGCUUGACGAGAACGGCGAUAUUCCUAAGGAUGACAACGUCGGUCCACCAUAUUGCGUACGCAUAUUUCGAGUUGAUUCGACUUUUGCUGUCCUUUCCGUGGGACUAAACACAACUGUUGCUGAAAUCAUAGCGAUAUUAGGCAAGAAGACUUUGCUGCAGGACGAAUUGAACAAUUACCAGAUCGUUAUGCGGAAACACGACACUUCGCGGCAACUGCAACCCCAGGAAAGACCUGUCGUAAUACAGAGGCACCUCCUAGAACAGGCUGGCUACACCGACUCUGAUCGUCUUGAAGAUGUCGGUCGAGAGGACAACAGUUAUCUCUGUCGUUUCACUUUUUUGCCGUCCAAGAUGACUGGCUACUCGAGUCUCGAAAAGGAUCCCGGCUUCAAGAAUAUGCAAAAGUUCAGUCAUAUCGAUCUCCAAGGCCGAAAUCUAGUCACUAUUCCGAUCACACUAUAUCAGAAAGCAACUGAAAUCAUUUCUCUGAACUUGUCCCGCAACCUCUCCCUCGACGUCCCAAAAGAUUUCAUACAGACAUGCACUAAUUUACGGGACAUCAAAUAUACUAGUAAUGAGGCUUGGCGGCUACCUCCCAGUUUAGGCUUGGCCAGCAGGCUUACCAUGCUAGACGUCUCCAACAACCGCUUGGAGCAGCUAGACAACACGGAGCUUAACAAGCUGCACAGUCUACAAGGCCUGCGUCUAUCAAACAACAAACUUACGUCCUUGCCCUCGUAUUUUGGCCAGUAUAAAGCUUUGCGAAGCUUGAACCUCUCAUCGAACUUUCUGAAGGAGUUUCCAGACUUCCUCUGUGAGGUUCGAACACUCGUGGAUCUCGACAUAAGCUUCAACACGAUUUCCAGUAUUCCGAAGAUCGGACAGUUGACCUGUCUAGAGCGACUUUGGGCGACAAACAACAAGCUCACCGGAUCAUUUCCACCAUCACUGAAGAAUCUCGUCAACCUCAGGGAGAUCGAUGUGAGAUUCAACAGCCUAAACAAUAUCGACGUCAUGUCUCAGUUGCCGAAGUUGGAGCUUCUGAUAGUUGGUCACAAUUCAAUAUCUGCCUUCGAGGGCACUUUUGAGAAAGUCAAAGUGCUGCACAUGAAUCACAACCCAGUAACAAGAUUCGGAAUCACCUCAUACGUACCGUCACUCUCCGUCCUAAAUCUUGCAUCCGCAAAGCUGGCGCAGCUCCCAGAGGACUUGUUCCAAAAUGUACCCGGCCUUAUUAAGUUCAUCCUAGACAAGAACCAUUUUGCAUCUCUUUCUCCACAGAUAGGACGAUUAACUCGCCUCGAGCAUUUCAGCGUUGCAAGAAACAAUCUAGAACACUUACCAACCGACAUUGGGCGUCUUAUCGAACUCAGAUUUCUGGACGUAAGAGAAAACAACUUACGGAAACUACCACAGGAGAUUUGGUUUGCGCGCAAAUUGGAAACUCUCAACGUCUCAUCGAAUGUCUUAGACACAUUCCCUAAGCCACUCUUCCAAGCAUUGAAUGUAAAUGAGCCAGCCGGUCUAGAUGGAGGAUCGACACCCACCCAAAACAAUGCGACAGGUCCCGAAUUCGAAGAGCUUGGAAAACUCGAAGACUUCGCCGCUCGGCGCCCGAGUCAAGCUUCCGGUUACCUAAGUGUUGGUAGCUCUCCAGGGACAUCAGUUCGUAAAGGGUCGAUGGCCUCAUCUUACGCUAGCGGCAGAAAACCUUCAAUUAUGUCCAGAUCGACUGAAGGGACCCUGACGCCUGUCACACGGAAGGACUCAAGCUUGUCAAAUAGACUAAUGAGUACUUUUGCCGGAUCCCUGCGGCACAUUUAUCUUGCCGACAACAGGCUGAACGACGAUGUCUUUGAUGAACUCGCACUACUUCCAGAACUGAGAAUUGUCAAUAUGUCUUACAAUCUGCUAUACGACAUUCCACCUCGUACGAUUCGAAGGUGGUCAAAUCUCGCAGAGCUGUACUUGUCUGGCAACGACCUGACAUCGCUACCAGCCGAAGACCUCGAAGAGGUCACCUCCCUGAAAGUAUUGCACAUUAAUGGAAACAAGUUUCAAGUCCUUCCGGCCGAACUAGGGAAAGUUGCCAAGCUGGCCAUUUUAGAUGCGGGUAACAAUGCGCUGAAGUACAAUGUCUCUAAUUGGCCAUAUGACUGGAACUGGAAUUGGAAUCACAACUUAAAGUUUCUCAAUCUGUCUGGAAAUAAGCGCCUUGAGAUCAAGAAAGCCCUGAACGCUGUGGGAAAUGCUCGAGAGGGCAGAGAUCUGACCGAUUUCAGCUCUUUGACUAACCUUCGUGUUCUUGGUCUGAUGGAUGUGACAAUGAUCGGCUCAAGCGUUCCUGAACAGUUUGAGGAUCGAAGAGUCCGCACCUCGGGAUCAACCGUAGGAUCAAUGGCCUAUGGAAUGGCCGACAGCCUCGGCCGCAAUGAGCAUCUUUCUACGAUGGACCUCGUCGUUGAAAGGUUCCGCAGUCACGAUGAUGAGACUCUCCUUGGCCUGUUUGACGGACAAGCGUUGUCUGGUGGCGGCUCCAAGAUAGCGCGCUAUCUUUACGAGAAUUUCAAGCUUAGAUUCACCGAUGAGCUGGAGAGACUACGACCGCAGGAAUCUCCUGCAGACGCUCUCCGUCGGACCUACUUAGGGCUAAAUAAGGAUCUUGCAACAGCUGCCACUUCGUCGUACGAAAACAAGGCACACACUUCCCAGGCUCCUGGCGCACAUCGCGGCUCAAUAUCUCUGCCAGAGCUCGGAGAGGAUGAUUUGAACUCUGGCAGUGUCGCUACUGUGCUUUUUCUCAAGGAAAUGGACCUCUUCGUUUCCAACGUGGGGGACGCACAAGCUCUCUUGAUUCAGUCCGAUUACACUCAUCGCACAAUCACAAGGAAGCAUGACCCUGCAGAACAUGGAGAGAGGGCACGGAUACGUGAGGCUGGCGGAUUUGUCUCUCGACAAGGCAAGCUGAAUGAUGUACUGGAAGUAUCGCGCGCCUUCGGAUACGUGCAGAUGUCCCCAUCGGUGAUUGCCGCGCCCCACGUGAAUAAGAUCACACUUAAGGAAACCGACGAGAUGAUCGUAGUCGCCUCAAGAGAAUUAUGGGAAUACCUUGCAGCGGACUUUGUUGUCGAUGUUGCAAGAUCAGAGCGCAAUGAUCUCAUGCGAGCAGCUCAAAAGCUUCGGGAUCUGGCAAUUGCUUUUGGAGCGGCAAACAAGAUCACGGUGAUGAUUAUCGGAGUAAAUGACCUUCGCAGCAAGCAACGUGCCAAGCACCGCACUCACAGCAUGUCCAUGGGUCCGUCAGGUUCCCCUGAUGAAUUCACGAGCAGACUCAAGAAUGCCAAGCGAGCGAAGGAUAUCGUCGCAGACUCAAAGUUGGCCCGGCUGGACCAGGAGGUCGACGCACCUAUAGGCGAAGUCAGCCUUGUCUUCACGGAUAUCAAGAGCUCGACUCUACUUUGGGAGACAUAUCCAGUACCGAUGAGAUCCGCUAUUCGCAUGCACAACGAAGUCAUGCGACGCCACCUACGCAUCAUCGGUGGUUACGAAGUGAAAACUGAAGGAGACGCAUUCAUGGUCGCCUUCCCAACUGUGACGUCGGCAUUGCUAUGGUGUUUCACAAUUCAAAGCCAACUACUGGAGGUGCCGUGGCCACAGGAAAUCCUAAACAGUGUGAACGGCCAAGAAGUCUUGGAUGCUGAUGGUAACGUGAUAUUUCGCGGUCUUUCCGUCCGAAUGGGUAUACAUUGGGGUACUCCAGUGUGCGAGGUUGAUCCAGUCACGAAACGCAUGGACUACUUCGGGCCAAUGGUCAAUCGGGCCUCGCGUAUAUCAUCAGUGGCAGAUGGUGGACAAAUUACAGUCUCAUCUGACUUCAUUGCGGAGAUUCAGCGGCUGCUAGAGACACAUAUCGAGACUGACCGCAGUGGAUCAACAGGUUCGGAAGACACAAUGACCGAGGAUCCCAUCAACCAAGUCAUUCGACGCGAAUUGAGGUCGCUCAGUAGUCAGGGCUUCGAAGUCAAAGACCUUGGAGAGCGAAGGCUGAAAGGUCUUGAGAAUCCCGAAUACAUCUACCUGAUGUAUCCUCAUUCGUUGGCAAGUCGCUUGAGUGUACAACAGCAACGAAACGAAGCAGAGCAACAAGUACCUCAGCAACAGGGAAUUGCUGCCACUAAAGUUCGAGACAGUACGUUGACAAUUGACACUGAGCAUGUAUGGGAUCUCUGGAACGUAAGCCUACGUCUAGAGAUGCUAUGUAGUGCCCUUGAAAGUUCUAGCGGUCCGGCGCAACUGAAGGCGCCGGAGACUGCAUUACUUGAAAAGAUGAAGAACAGAGGCGGCGAAAUCACGGACCGGUUCUUGAUAAACUUUGUCGAGCACCAGAUUUCACGGAUUGAGAGCUGUGUCACUACACUAGCACUGCGGAAUCUCAUCCGACCGUUCGGGCAAAAUAGUCUCCUCGAUCAAGCCUGCCCAAUGGCCGACAUAUUUGCUGCUCUCACCUCUCAGCUAGACGAAUUGAAGACUCUACAAGCUUCCGCGGUGAACUUCUAGAUGGCUUCUUCAUUAUCGCCCUCUAAGUCUGUCUCGGUCCUACCAUAGGCACGGAUCCACGAACUUUUCACAAUGGACUCGCGGAAGAUGC